GUUUUAGACAGAUCGGUUUCAUACAGUGCAGGUAUGAAUAUAUACAAAUAAUAAUCCGAUUUAUCCUGCUACCCACACCUGUUACUACAGGUGUUGUUAUCGAUGGCGCCGGUUUAAGCCUUCAAAGAGGCGCGAUUAUUUCACAACACUUUCUGUGGUGUCCUAAUUACUGGGGAACUACCAUCAUUGUUUAAAAGGUGACUGGCCCCUGGCAGACAGUAGAGGUAUGAUCGCAUGCCGGUGUAGACAGUAGAGGUAAGAUCGCGCAUCGGUGUAGACAGUAGAGGUAUGAUCGCAUGCCGGUGUAGACAGUAGAGGUAUGAUCGCAUGCCGGUGUAGACAGUAGAGGUAUGAUCGCAUACCGGUGUAGACAGUAGAGGUAUAAUGGCGUGUUGGUGUAGACAGUAGAGGUAUGAUCACAUGUCGGUGUAGACAGUAGAUGUAUAAUGGCGUGUUGGUGUAGACAGUAUAGGUAUGAUCACAUGCCGGUGUAGACCGUAGAGGUAUAAUCGCAUGUUGGUGUAGACAGUAGAGGUAUGAUCACAUGCCGGUGUAGACAGUAGAGGUAUGAUCACAUGCCGGUGUAGACAGUAGAGGUAUGAUCACAUGUCGGUGUAGACAGUAGAGGUAUGAUCACGUUGGUGUAGACAGUAGAGGUAUGAUCGCAUGUCGGUGUAGACAGUAGAGGUAUGAUCGCAUGCCGGUGUAGACAGUAGAGGUAUGAUCACAUGCCGGUGUAGACAGUAGAGGUAUGAUCACAUGUCGGUGUAGACAGUAGAGGUAUAAUCGCAUGUCAGUGUAGACAGUAGAGGUAUGAUCACAUGUCGGUGUAGACAGUAGAGGUAUGAUCGCAUGCCGGUGUAGACAGUAGAGGUAUGAUCACAUGCCGGUGUAGACAGUAGAGGUAUAAUCACAUGUCGGUGUAGACAGUAGAGGUAUGAUCGCAUGUCGGUGUAGACAGUAGAGGUAAGAUCGCGCGCUGGUGUAGACUGAGCUAAUUACUUCAUGAACUGUUCUUUUGUUCUUGAAUUUGCAUCCGGUAUCGACUGUUUUUUUCCUAAUUUAUAAAUUAACGGUAGCUGAACAGGACUUUAAAACUGCCUGUUUAUACAUAAUGCCGGUUUGGAUAUUCACACACACAAAAAGUUUGGAUUUAAUUAUGAAAUACUGGCCCCAUAUUUUUUAUCGUUCUAGGCUUGGUACCCUCCACUGGACUGGGGACGGGGACAACCCAAACUAUGUAUAUACAUGUUGCUAGCAGUAUACGUAUGAGUACUACCACUUUGGAUGUAAGUCGGAUGUGUACUGGGCACAAAGUGGAGUCGAGUCUGGAAAAUGUCAGCUGAAGACCUGCAUCUGAAAACCAACAUGUCGCUCAUUGAUAAAUCAUCUUUUCAAUGUGAAGUCUGCUUAAAGAGUUGUAAAGCCAAGUCUCUUCUGGACAUACACAUGCGUAUUCAUACUGGUGAAAGACCUUUUAGGUGUGGAAUGUGUUUAAAGGAUUUCACAACAAAAAGUAACAUUAAGAUGCACAUGCGAAUCCACACUGGACAAAAAAUAUGUAUCACAUGUUGCAAAGGUUUCUCCACAGAGUGUUGCCUUAGGCAACAUAUGUUGACUCAUACUGGCGAAAAACCUUUCAAAUGUAAAGUGUGCACAAGACAAUUUAUGCAUUGUUCCCACUUGAAAAAACAUAUGUUUGUUCAUACUGGUGAGAAACCUUUCAAAUGUGAAGUGUGCUCAAAAUGUUUUGCAUUUAAUUCCAACUUGAAAAAACAUAUGUUGAUACAUUCUGGUGAGGCUCCUUUCAAAUGUGAAGUGUGCACAAAAUGUUUUACAUUUAAGGACAGGUUGAAAAAACAUAUGUUGAUACAUACUGGUCAAACUCCUUUCAAAUGUGAAGUGUGUGCAGAGUCUUUUAGACACAAUUGUCACUUGAAAGAACAUAUGUUGAUUCAUACUGGCGAGAAACCUUUCAAAUGUGAAGCAUGCAAAAAAUGUUUUACAUAUUUUUCUCAAUUGAAACAACAUAUGUUGACUCAUACUGGCGAGAAACCUUUCAAAUGUGAAGUGUGCACAAGCUCUUUUAUGCACAUUUCCCAUUUAAAACAACAUAUGUUGAUUCAUGCAGGCAAGAAACUUUUCCAAUGUGAAGUGUGCACAGAAUGUUUUACUUACAGUUCCAGCUUGAAACAACAUAUUUUGAUUCAUACUGGUGAGAAACCUUUCAAAUGUGAAGUGUGCACAAAAUGUUUUGCACGAAGUUCCAGCUUGAAACGGCAUAUGUUGAAUCAUAAUAGCGAGAAACUUUUCAAAUGUGGAAUGUGUGCAGAAUGUUUUAUUUAUAGUUCCAGCUUGAAAGAACAUAUUUUGAUUCAUACUGGUGAGAAACCAUUCAAGUGUGAAGUGUGCAAUAAAUCAUUUACACGAAGUUCCAGCUUGAAACGGCAUAUGUUGUAUCAUGCUGGUGAGAACCUAUUGAAUGUGAACUUUGCAUAAAAUGUUGGACACAGCUAGUUCCUGUUUGAAAGACAAUAUGGUGAUUCAUACUGGUUAGAAACGUUUCAAAUGUGAAAUACAUGUAUGCACAAAAUGUUUUACACCAAGUUCCUAUUUCAAAGACCAUAUUGCAGUGCCUGCGCUUAACUUUUUUUUGUUGAGUUGCCAUCCGGGCAAGUGGUGACAGCACUUUCACUUGCCCAGGUCUAUUUUCACUUGCCCGAAUAAUAUUUUCUGAAAAAACAAACAAUAUUGCAACAGAUUAUAAGAGAAAACAUUUAUUUUGAGUAUUUUCCUGCACUCAACCAACCCACUCUUUAAAUAAAUAACAGACAUGCCACUGUGACUCCCCACUGUCACUGUCAAUACAUUUGUGGUAUUUCCAACAAACAAAGAUGCUUGCAUUCACCAAACGUUGAGCACUGGUAUAACUGACACAACCCCUUCCUCCCCCCCCACUCCAUCUCAAUGAAAUAAUAAUAAUUAAAAAAAAACCUAAAAUAUGUUCAGUGGAUAUGAUCUAUGACGUGUACACAUAAGCAAGGCCGAAUCUUGUCGACAUGAAUUUGUGCCCAAUUUUACAUGCCACUUAACUUACCUUACACCUAUUCUUAUAUUGGGCAUAUGUUUAUAUGUAAAAGCAGACCUACACUUUUUCAUGGUGUAAAGUAGGCUAUACAUAGCUGUACUUUUAUUUAUUUAUUAAUUAUUGAUUUUUUUUUUUUUUUUAAAUCGGUCGCCAGGCGGGCAACCUUACUGUGGGUUUUCAGUCGCCCGUCGUCGUUUUCAGUCGCCAGGGGCGAUCGGGUGACCCCUGAUAUUGUGAUUCAUACUGGUUAGAAACUUUUCAAAUCUGAAGUACCGUAUGCAUAAAAUGUUUUACACCAAGUUCCUAUUUCAAAGACCAUAUUAUGAUUCUUACUGGUUAAAAACUUUUCAAAUGUGAAAUAUAUGUAUGCACAAAAUGUUUUACGUACACCAAGUUCCUAUUUGAAAGACAAUAUGGUGAUUCACACUAGUUAGAAACUUUUCAAAACUGAAGUAUGCACAAAAUGUGUUACACAGAAUUCCAACUUGAAACAGCAUAUGAUGAAUCAUAAUGGUGAGACACCUUGCAUGUGAAAUGUGCACAAAAUGUUUUACUCACAAUUGGAACUUAAAACAACGUGUUGAUUCAUACUUCCUAUUUCAAAGACCAUAUUGUGAUUCAUACUGGUUAAAAACUUUUUAAAUGUGAAAUGUGCACAAAAUGUUUUCUACAAUUGCACCUUUAAACAACAUAUAUUGAUUCAUAAUAUAAAGAAAUCUUUCAUAUGUGAAAUGUGCACAAAAUGUGUACAUGUAGUUCCACAUUGGGACAACACGUGUUGAUUCGUAAUGGUGAGAAAAAUGUUUUACAUAUAUACUAGGCGACUUCCUCCUUGAAGCCUAUUUCUCAUUCCAGCCAGUGCUCCACAACUGGUGUAGCAAAUGCUGUGGUAUGUACUACCCUGUCUGUGGGAUGAUGUAUAUAAGAGAUCCCUUGCUGCUAAUUGAAAAGAGUAGCCCAUGAAGUGGUGACAGUGGGUUUCC